AUAAUUUUUUGAAAUGAGAAUCAGGAAAACAGCUCAAACACUUUAUAGAGAAAUAAAAUGAUAUCAGUAAUAAUGUCAAAAUCAAUAUGCAUUUCAGCAUGAUUUUGUAUUCCAUUUGUUUAUGAGAAUUUUUCUGUUUUUCUGCUUAAUGAAGUCUGUUAUGUGGUAUCCAAAGGCAGUAUCAAUAGUUCAGUUUCAUAGACUAUUGUGUUGCUGUUUUCUCUGUUUAGUUCUCAACAGACACAGUAGCACAGCUUGUAGAUCAAUUUAUAUGGAUACAGAGAUCAGGGGUUUACUGUUAGUUUGCUUAGGGACAUGAGAUGUUACAGUACAUGCCAAAAUGAAAAAAAGAAACUUGAAAAGAUGACAUGCAAUACAUUUAUAAUGUAAACUCAUGUUUCGAUUUUUACUUUAAAAAGAAACUAUGUAUUGUUGAUCACCAUGCAUGUAUCAUAGAAAAACUAAUUGGAUGCAAUUUAUAUGCUAAACUCUGUCUUGUAAAACUUCACUAUUUUGUGUAAAUAGGUUACGAGAAAAAGUGUUACAUAAAGAAGUGGGCUAAUUGAAAGACAGAAUUUUUAUGACAUUAUGCAUUCAUUUUCGUUAACAUUUAGCAGCAGUGGGACAAGUAUAUGAAUAAGGCAGAGGGAUUGACGCAUUUAACUUGACGCAUUAAGGGACUACUUUGGGUAACCCUUUAUCUAUGGUUAAUGUGAUGAUGAUGGAGUAGAAGUUGAAAGGCCGACCCCAUGCACCAAGUAGGAAAUUGUAAACAAGUGGAAUUUGACUGGCCCAGUGUACACAACAGGUGUAUCAUUGUGAUCCCUAAAACCUCAGAGACACCACAGAAUGGCUGCUGAACCCCAUGUCUGUGAUGGGAUCGACCUCAAGUGGAUGUACGCCUCCGACUCUGAGGAAGAGGAUGAUUGGAGCAGCAAUUCACCAGUGGUCCUUACCCAGGAGCUAUCUCUGAAAGGCAAAAUUCGAAGGAUUCUCUUCAGAAAUGCCAGAACCAGACUGGGUUCUACUCUGUUUGACAUCAUAGUGAAGUUAACACUGUGUGUGCUGUACAUCACAAGGAUCCAGUUUGAUGAAGUGGAACUCUAUGCCUGUGGAGGAAGUCCGUGUGGAGAAAACAAUACAUACCAGAUCUACCCCGACAACAAUGAUGAUGGAAUGAUCUUCUCCUCCGCGGAAAUCAACUGGCAGGUGCUCCUCUGGGUCCACCGCCCAGAGCCGAUCUGGAUUAUAGAAGUGAUCUUAGCCAUCUUCACUUUCUCUAAAGCUUUGCUUUUUAUUUUUAUUUCUAAGCUGAAAUUGGGCAGGACACAGUUGGGCAAGGUGGAGCUGAUGACAAAACCAGCCUUUAUACUGGAGGUGAUCUGUUCCUUCCCACUGAUUGUCACGGUCCCUGCAUUUUUCUCCCAGCUAACCUACCCAAUGUUGUUGAGGAAUUUAUAUGUCCCAACAUUCCUAAAUUGCUGGCUAGCCAAAAGAGCCAUGGAGAGGUUAUUUAACGACCUUCACCUGACCAAGCAGCGCUUCCAGACAAUCUCAGUGACCAUGUCCCAGCAGCUGCUGAUUCUGGGAGCCACCCUGGUCUCUCUCAUAUUUACCACAGUGUGUGGCAUCCAGCAUAUCCAGAGAGCCAGCACAGAGAAGUCCCUGACCCUGUUUGAGUCUUUCUACUUCACCAUAGUGACAUUCUCCACGGUCGGUUACGGCGACAUUUCUCCGGACAUCUGGCUAGGACAGCUGUUCAUGGUCCUCAUGAUCUGUAUCGCCUUUGCUUUCAUUCCAAGACAGAUUGAAGGCAUCGGCUCCAUCUGGGUGGAGCGGAAGAAGUCAGGGGGAGAGUACAACUCCAGGCAGGCUCGCAAGAACCACCAUGUGGUGGUGUGUGCCCAGAAUCUGACGGGGGAUGCCAUCAUGGACUUCCUCACCGAGUUCUUCUCCUGCCCCAAACACGAGGAAUACACGGUGAUCUUGCUGAGCUCGGAUGAGCUGAAUUCCAGUAUGCACAUGAUUCUAAAAGACCCUAAGUGGGCGAAUAGGGUGAUUUACAUGAGAGGGUCAGCCCUGAAGGCAGCGGACCUCAAUAGAUGCAGAAUGAAUGAGGCAGAUGCUUGCUUUAUAUUGGCCCCUGAAAACUGCACCAACAAAGACCGAGAGGAUCACAACACCAUCAUGAGGUCCUGGGCUGUGAAGGAUUUCUGUCCGGACACAAACCAGUUCAUCCAGCUCUUCCAGACAGAGAACAAGAUCCAUGUCAAGUUUGCAGAGCAUGUUGUAUGUGAGGACGAGUUUGCCUACGCCUUGCUGGCCAACAACUGUCUGUAUCCUGGGUUAUCUACCUUAGUAUCAUUGCUGGUUCACACAUCUACAGGAUAUGAGGGUGAGAUGGCUUCUGAACCAUGGAUGCAGUUGUAUGGCCGACACUCGGGGAACGAAGUGUACCACAUACAGCUGGCAAAGAGCAUCUUCUUUAGUCAGUACGAAGGAAAGACAUUCUCCACUGCCUCAGCCGAGGUACACUCCAAAUUUGGUCUGUCGCUGAUUGCUAUCAUGGAGACUGACCUUGACAAAGUGAAGGACCAAGAGAAGGACCAUAAACUGAUCCUGAACCCUGGACCUAACUACAUCCUGAAGAAUUCAGACUACUGCUUCUAUCUCAGCAAGGUCAAGGAAGAGCACACCAGAAUAGUUCCCGAGAAGGCUAGUAAGAUGGAGGAGAGAAACAACAAGAAGCAACAGCAGAGGGAGAAAAACUAUGAGAAAAUUGCCUCCGAACUCCAACGAUUCCUGGAAAACAACCACUUGGAGUUGGAUAGCACGCCUGCAGGUGAGGAGAGUGUGUUCAACACCAUCACCAGUCAGAUGGGCAUCGACUUCUCCUCCACCCUCCAGGGGACAUUCCGCUCGCCCGUGGAGACUCCGGACAUCUUGAACGGAGGAAUGGGGGGAGGUAAGAGGGACACGACCGAGCACCACAACGUUCUGCUGAUGUACAACGAGAUGGCCAGCGAGGAGACAGCUCCAAAGUAUUUAUCUGUAAAUACAGCAAAAUGUGAACCCCAGGCAAGGUUUGUGACUGGGACCCCGCCCAUUUUCCUGACAGGAUGCAGGAAGACUCUGUGUCACCUGGUGAAGAAUCCUCGCCAUCAGUGCUGCCUCAAGUGGGGAGAGGACUGUAGCCAUGUUAAUUACAAGAAUGCUCGAGAUGACCGGUGGCAGAACCAUCUGAUAAUUCUGUCCGCAGACAAAAUCUGUGUGGGCGUCUACAACUUUAUUGUCCCCCUCCGCUCCAAAUUCCUGAGCAUCAAGUCACUCAGUCCCAUCAUACUGAUGCUAGAGGAGGAGCCCCCUGUCAUGUUCAUGGAUUCCCUGGCACACUUCCCAAUGGUUUACUGGAUGAAGGGGAACAUCAAAAAUGUUGACGAUCUCCUGAAAGCUGGAAUAAACAAGGCGAGUCACCUGGUGAUUGUGAACAGAUCGUCCAAUCAGGCACGAGAGGUGGUGUUGACCGACGCUGACACGAUCGUCACCGUACAGUCCAUAUUUAAGUUAUUCCCAAGCAUCAAUAUUUUGACUGAAAUUUCACAAACCUCCAACAUCAAAUUCAUGCAGUUUCAACCACAUGAUGAAUACUCCAAGAAAAUAGCCCGACUGGAGAAGAAGCUGCGCGAUGACAUGCGAUCUAGCCUGGUGCACAUUUUCCGUCUUCCAUUUGCUGCGGGACAGGUGUUCAGCUGUAGUAUGUUGGAUACACUUCUGUAUCAGACGUGUUCCAAAGGAUACCUCAUCAAGUUUGUUCGACUUCUGCUGGGAAUCGACGCUGAAGAAAACUCAGGUCAUUUAUCUAGUAUUAAAGUGAAAAGGGAUAUUCUUAAGAAGUACAGGACGUAUGGUGAUUUGUACAUCGGUCUUUGUAAGGUGACAGGGGAGGUUCCCAUUGCUAUUUAUAGAACAGAGAGGAGGAGGAUGGUUAUGGAGGAGGAUGAGGAAGAGCACCAUCCACUUCCCAAGGAGCACAACAAAUCUGCUCCUCGUCCAAACAAGAAGUCUUCCUUUAACAUCAAACAGUUUUUUGAGAGAGCGGUCCCCAACGAUCUCUCGGACUUUGUCCGCAGUCGGAUGACCUCUAUGGCCAUUGACCCUUCAGGGUACAGCUGUGAAGAAGAACUCUGCAAUAAACCUCUGUCUUUUAUCAUCAUCAAUCCCCAUCCGCAGUGUCGACUCAAGAAAGGAGAUAUUGUGUAUGUACUUCAGCCUAGUGCAAUGUUUGCGAUUCCAAGUCGUGUACAGCACAAGCAUCACAAGCGGCGAAGGUCAUGGAGUGAAGGAAUCAACAAUCGGACGCAGCCCGACACCCCAGCCCGAUCACGCACCCACUCAAUCGAUCUACCCUCGGGACGAAAUGUGUCCUUUAAAUUCCCUGGGGAGGAGGAGGAGGAAGAAGAUGUGGUCCCAACAAUGGAUGUAGGAGUAGAGGUCAAGAUGGAUGCUGAACCUCUAGAUGAAAUUGACACCACCUUACCCAAAGCCUCUACAGCAAAAAUCAGAGGCAACCCUCCCAUUUUCAACUUUACAUUCCCUGACUCUGACAACGAAUCGACCACUGGGGAAACAAAAACAACGAACGCCUCAAACAACAACGACAUCGCACUUAAAGACUUUCCCUUUGGGGCCCCUCAAGAUCCAACAGUGCAAGCAAUGAAAGAUCCCCCCAAAAUAGUUAUUACAAGGACCCCAACAAAAACCUUUCUAACAGAACGGGUACCUGAGGUGUAAAGUAGUUUACUUUAUCAUGCCAAGAAUAAUCAGUACUACCUUGCUUACUUAAUAUUCAACACCCAUCUGGAAACAGUUGCUGGUAGAUGCAUUGAAAACAUGUAGAUGUGCGUGACAAGUACUGACAAAUAAGGACAUGUAUAUCUAACACAUGUAGACAAGUACAUGUACUGACAAAUAAGUACAUGUAUAUCUAACUCAUGUAUGAAUUACCUGGAUACAAUGUAGAUUUCAGAUAGUAUCCGAUUUUGAAUUGGAGACACUUCAGUUGGAAAUGUUCACGUGAGUCAAUAACUGCUGACUAAAUUAAAAACUGGAGCAGUAAAUGACUGAGCACUCCUCUACACUGUAGACACAAACAUGCAGCAAGUUCAUUAAGGAUCGACCUCAAUUUUUUCUCCCAUUUAGUACGCAUCUUUGAUAUUUUUCUACUUUCAUGGGCAUUGAUUACUAGUUUUUUGUUGUUUUUACUGUAUUUUCUGUUAUGGUAUGUUUAUUUUAACUUGAUUGCUGUAUAUAAAACAUUCCAGAUCAAACAGAUAUUUCAUUCACAUAACGUGCAUUUCCCCUUCUGUUAAAAGUCUUUUUUAUAAAAAAGAAAUAUUUAUUUUGACAGUUAAUGACCAAGCUCAUUGAAAUUACUUUGCUUUUUCUUAUUUUUACCCUUUUUUCUUUGUUAAUUAUUAAGAUAACAUUUUGUUUUUUCUUUUUCAACAUGUCUUAUAAGUUCAGCAAUUAUGUAAUAUUUUUCUUCAUUGAAUGAUACUGUAUUUCUGUCAUUGUGAGCUAUGUCAGGAUUUGAUGAUUUGAAGAUCAGUCUCUUUUACAGCUAUGAAAUAAGAGCAUGUACUUACCAAAAGAUGUACAACAAAUAGGAUGGUUUUUUUUUUGUUAUCGUAUACUGAAAUCUGUUUAUUAGAUAUAGAUGGCACUGAAUGACCACUUAAACUUCUACUACAGAUCUGAUUAGUCCCAUUUUAAAGUUUUUCAUUGAGGGUGUUGGCACAGGGCAUUUAUGAAUAUUACAUGUAUACAUUGAGUUUUAUGUUACACUCAAACGAACUAUCAUUACAUUGUAACACUUACAUUUGUAUUACUGUAUUUUGUUCUUACAUUAAGUAGUGUAUGUCCCUGUAGAUGUCUUGUGUAGUUGUAAACAAUGUAAUUUCACUUUUAAGAAGGUUGUAUAGAUUGGCUAUCAUAUUGAUAGUGUGUAUUAACAAUCACCAUGAUUUAUUCAGACUUUCCCCACAACGAACUUGUGUCUACUUACAGGUGAGGUAAUGUAAGAGGAGAGAGGAAUGUUCUCUCAGUAGAUUGACGCACACUCUUGUUUUAGUGAAUGAAGGUGUUUAUUUUGUUGGACAAUGAUUACAUUAGGUUGCUAUUGAUUUUAUUAAUUUUCCAUGAACCUAAAACCCAAUGGCAUUCCCUUCUAGAAUUCCUUAAAUUUACACAACAUUCACCUUAUCAAUAUUAGGGGAUUUUAGCUGUGAAACAGAUAUUAAGGGUUUUAAAAUAAUUUUUUUUCUCAUCAAAUUAAUAUUUUAUUAUGUUUGUUAGUUACACAAACUAUUAUGUCAAAUUAAGGUACAUGUAACUCAAUCCACAUUUCAAUUAACAGUAUGAUAUAAUUGUUAAGAAUCCCAUUUCUUGAUUGUAUAUACAUAAUCCUUUUUGGGGUAAAAUAGGGGAUUCAAGAAAAAGAUAUAGCAGCUAUCGGAGAUAACAAGGGUGUUACAGCACAGUGGGUCUUGGUGUUAGAAUAGAUGAUUUUAAUGUAGUUUAUGUACAAGUAUAUGUUGUUACUUUUGGUUAGUCGGGUAGGUAGAGCAACUCUACAGCUUUUGUUGGUGCAUAGGUGAAGAAUCUCCAAUUAUUUUAUUUCAUUUGCCAAGUUUAUAUAGCUGUUUAUUGCAGUUAUAUUCUUAAUUGUAUUUCUUCCUCAGUAUUUGUUUCAUUUUAUUAAAAUGUCUAUAAUAUUUUAGUUUCACAUGCAAUAAGAUUUUAUAUACUGUGGUAAUUUGAUAUUAAGUAAAACAAAAAAGUAUUUUUUUGACAUGUAUAAAUAAGGAAACAAAUUGAGAGCAUAGGUACGAGAAUAGAUCACAGAGGGCUUUUACAGUUUGAGAUUAACAAAUGAUUGAUCAUAAUAUAGAAUGCCUUCCUUGUUUUUAUUGUAGAGAUAUAUUUAUACCUUUUCUUCAAUGAUUUUUAUACACACUUGUCAAUGAUUUGUACAAUUAAACCUCUUUAAAGCAAGA